AAUACAAUUUCCCAUACCCUACUCCUCAAAUAUUAUAAUCAUAGAUGCUUUCAUCACCAUCAUAUCAAGGACUAAAUUAAACCAUUCAUAAUCCCGGUCUCAAAAAUCCACCUUAACAAAUUCUCAUAAUAAUAAUAAUAAUAAUCAUGUUCAUAAAAUCUCUCAUUCCUCUCUUAGCUAGCUAGCACUAUAAUAUAUUGUUAAUCUCUCUCUAACCUUCUUUAAACAAAUUUCCAUGGCCAAAACCAAAACCUCAUCAAAAUCAAAAACAUCUAUUUUCCUAUGUUGUUUUGGAUCAAAUGAUGAUUCAACAAGUGUUAAAGAAUCUAAUUAUAUUUCAAAGGAAAAAAGAAGUAGUUGGUUUUCAUGGAGAAGGAUUCGAAUAAAAAUGAAGUCAACGUCCAAAACGGUGCCGCUUGAAGCUUCAUUUUCUCAAGUUAAAGCUUAUUCAAAGUCUCGGUCAAAGUUAUCAUCAACUCUUCAUAAAAAAUCUAAAACUCCACCAACCAAUCCUCCACCGUUACCUCAACCGUGUCCGCCGCACCCCGCCACACCGUAUUACUCACCCACCCAGACAAGGCAUGGUCCAAUAAGUACAAAUAACAACAUUACAGAAGAUCAAAUAAUUAGAACUACUCCAACACGACUAAAACGACAAGAACGGAGGCUAUCAUCGGCAAUGCAAAAUCAUACGACAAACAAAAACGCACGAAAACAUUCGUACGAUCCUAUAAUUGGAAUGUCCGUACUAGUUGUUACCUUAGUGAUAAUGAUAUUUUGGGGUCGAUUUUGUGCUAUUCUAUGUACUUCAGCUUGGUUGUAUUUUAUACCACGUUUUAGAAAUAGUGUUGUAGUUGUUGAUGUUGAUGAUCAUGAUGAUAUUGAUGCCAAAAUGAAGUCAAAGAAUGUUGUGGAUUUAGAUUCGGAGGAGUAUAAGAAAAAAGUGAUUAUGGAAGGACUUCUUGGAAGAAAUAAUCGAGGUAAUAAUAAUAAAUAACAUAUGAUCGAUGAUAUGUGAAUACUA